AUGACAGCAGGAUUCGGCGGAGCGAAUCUUCAAGCUCUGCUUUCAGAUGCACAGCCUCAAGCUGUUCAUGAUUUUCUCGACAGUAGGAAGAGCGAUCAGCAUGGGAAAAAGCCAAUUAUAACCGAUUCUCUUCUGAAGCUGCAGCAAUACAAGCUGGUCGAGAUGAGACUCCUAGCUCAACAAAGGGAUCUUCAGGCAAAAAUUCCUGAUAUUGAGAAGUGUUUAGACAUAGUCGCCACUCUACAGGCCAAGAAGAGUUCUGGUGAGGCACUCCUUGCUGAUUUUGAAGUCUCUGAAGGCAUAUAUCCUCGAGCUGCCAUUGAAGAUACUGAUUCAGUGUGUCUAUGGCUGGGAGCAAAUGUUAUGUUGGAGUAUUCAUGUGAAGAGGCCACAACCCGUCUACAAAAGAACUUAGAAAAUGCUAAAGCAAGGUUAGAAGUUCUUGUUGCUAAUCUACAAUUCUUAAGGGAGCAAGUAACAAUCACGCGGGUUACGAUUGCUCGUGUGUAUAAUUGGGAUGUUCACCAAAAGAGAAUCCGUCAAGCUAGUGUUCCUGCCAAAGACUCUUAAAGGAGUCUUUUCAACUCGGAUCAUGGUAGGAGAAUGCGUACUCCUGGAUGAGAGUAUGACUUUGAUCUCCCCAUUUUCAAUUAGGUGAAUGAAUUAUGUACUGCUCUGUGAUCAUGGUUAAGACUGACUACGAGUGAUUUUGGUUAGGUUGAGUUAGAUUUACUGCAUUACACAAAGCUUGCAUUACACAAAGCUUGUCAUGUAAACGAUUUAGAUUGAGAACCUCUUGGACUUGAGUUUUCACUUACUGUGUGCACUGUGUUAGUUUUGAGUUAAUGUUGGAUCCAUCAAUGUUUCGUCGUU